UGUUUUCUCGGAAGCUGAGGGACCUGAGGCGGCGGCGGCGAGUCCUGGGUCGGCUGGUGGCUACGCCAUGGACGCAGCGGAGGUGGAGUUUCUGGCCGAGAAGGAGCUGGUCACCAUCAUCCCAAACUUCAGCCUGGACAAGAUCUACCUUAUCGGGGGCGACCUGGGGCCUUUCAACCCCGGCCUACCGGUGCAGGUACCUCUGUGGCUGGCAGUCAACCUGAAGCAGAGACAGAAGUGUCGGCUGCUCCCGCCCGAGUGGAUGGACGUGGAAAAGUUGGAGAAGAUUCGAGAUCAUGAACGAAAGGAAGGAACUUUCACGCCUAUGCCCAGCCCUUACUACAUGGAGCUCACCAAACUGCUGUUAAAUCACGCUUCGGACAACAUCCCGAAAGCAGAUGAGAUCCGGACCCUGAUCAAGGACGUGUGGGACACUCGCAUAGCCAAGUUCCGGGUGUCUGCUGACAGCUUCGUGAGGCAGCAGGAGGCACACGCCAAGCUGGAUAACUUGACCCUGAUGGAGAUCAACACCAGCGGGGCUUUCCUCACACAAGCGCUCAACCACAUGUACAAACUCCGUACAAACCUGCAGCCUUCGGACAGCACCCAGUCUCAGGACUUCUAG